AUGCUCACAGCCCAAUGGACACGAAAACUCCCACUCAUACAACAAACUGCUCCAGCAAAACUAGCAGCCAGACUCAUUCACACCUUUCUUCACGACUUUCCCGACAUUGAUAUGGAACAAUACUUUGUCAUCGAUUUCUGUUCAGGAGCUGGAGGUCCAACACCUCUGAUAGAGAAGACCGUGAACGAAGCCAGAGCUCGAGCAGGCCACCAAGCCAUCCCCUUCCGUCUCUCUGACUUCCAUCCAAACUUGGACGCCUGGAUGCCGUUAGCAACCCACAGCGCCAAUCUUAGUUUUAUACCCCAGCCAGUAGAUGCCACUGAUACCUUGCACGCACCCCCUCUCGUGGUCUCCAAAACGUCCUCCAUGCCGAAUUCGACAGGCGAUCAUAAGUCCAUACACCUGUACAACCUCUCCUUUCACCAUUUCGCAGACGCAGACGCUGCCAGAAUCAUGGCUAGCACGCUGACCACUGCCGAUGGACUGGCUAUCAUCGAACUCCAGGACCGCACCUUGGGCAUGCUCCUCCUCAUGGCUGGCGAAUUCUUCCUCCUCUUCCUCCUGACAAUUUUCUGGUUCCCGUACUCACCUCUCCAUCUGUUCUUCACUUACAUCAUUCCCGUCUUGCUAUUUGUACAAGCCUGGGAUGGUCUUGUCAGUUGUCUCCGCACCAGGACAUUUGAGGAAACGCUUGCACUCGCGGAAAAAGCACUCGGCCAAAAGGCCAAAUUCGUCAGCUCAGAGGACACCGAGAUCGGAGAAAAAGUCACCGUCGCUAUUUGUGGGGAUUGGAAGUUCGUCGGUGUUAGACGCUUACACACAUGGCCUUUUGGCUAUAUGAAUGCCUUUUUAGGUCAGAAGAGGUUGUAACACGCGAAGCCCCCAACCACCCACACUUUCUCUAUCUAUCUCUCACGGCUACAACCAAAGCCCUCCGGGCUGGAGAAAUGCACAAUGAUUUUCUGACCAGUGCAGCCCUGCACUGAGAGGCGGUGACUUUCACACUCUCAG